UUGAGGAGGGACAGUCAUGGAUUUAGGAUUCCGUUUGUUUCAUUAUAACGUGAGAUCACCGCUGAUAAAACACCAUGGAGUGAUUGACGUACAGUAACUGGGUUUUGGGAGAGAGGAGAUCGACCCUUUGGUCCAUCGGUUGCCUGUAUCUCAGUGCUCCAAUCCUGCGUUUUUGUUGACGGAGCCCCUUGGCAAUCGGCAUUAUUUUCUCUCCGUCUGUGGCUAGUGGGGGAGGCGGAGAGAGAGCCACGGUGGAAGUCGCCGUUUUAGCGUUAUAGCUGCCGACCAGAAAUAAUGCUUUAUUUUUUGGAAUGAAACGUGGCUUAUGUUUUGCGACCGGACUACCAAACUUGUGGUUCACUGCAGCAUUUUGCGUCUUUUCCCUCCGCUGCAGAUGAUACAGAAAACCAUCAUAGCGGUACCCCACCACUGCAAUUUUUGGGCAAAGAUAAGAGUGGCGUCGUCUUGCAGUUAAGGCUACUAUGGCAGCAUAGGGGGCAUCUUCUGGAGGGGAGAAUCCGCCGAUUCCUUGCUUAGCCUGUCUACAAUGCCUUAUUAUUAGCAGAAAGCAGUGACUGGAUCUGAAACCCAGCAUCAUCCCCGCGGUCCCCCCGUUUCAAAGCUGCUGUUUACCCAUUGAAAAUCACUCGAAAAAGCAGCGGAUCCCGAUGGCAUGGACACUUAUGCAAGGUCUGCCGCGCUGCCGUGCUACUGGAGCCUACUUGCUGUCUCUUCAUUCAACCCAGCUCCAUCGCCAUCGCCCUGCAGCCGAGAGAGCCCUGCCGCAACGCGACCAGCGACCACCGAGCCAAAGCAGGCGGCAUGAGGCUUGAUUCAGUACAUUUAUCCAUGCUGGUCAUCGGGGUCUCAUUCGCCUGCUACUCCCCGAGUUUGAAUUCCCUGCAGGACCAGGUUUACAAAUCCGCCGUGGUGAUCGAGGGCAAGGUGCAGUCUACGCCUGUGAACGUCUCCGCGGAGCCGUACCGUGUGAAUGUCAAAGUGCUGGAUGUUUGGCCCCAAAACAGCGGGGGUCUGGAGCGAGAACAGCUCGUCACCGUGGGGGAAUUUGGAUCUGAGGCUCCGUGCACCAAAGUGAAGAAGAACCACAAGUACAUUUUUUUCAUGGACCCCACUGACGAGCCCUUGGUUUUCAAGGCAUCGUUUGCGCCUCGGGACACGAGUGUGAAGAACCUAAAAAAGGAUGUUGGGAAGAUCUUGUGUGAGGACUGCGCUGCGGCUCCAAAGUUAAAACCGAUGAAGAAUCCAAUAAUAGUGGACGAGGGGAGAAAGCUCAUAGUAAAGUGUGAGGCCACAGGGAACCCUCUCCCCACCUACAGAUGGUUCAAAGAUGGCAACGAGCUGAAGAAAAGCAAAAAAGUCCGAAUAAGGAACAGCCUGAAAAACUCCAGAGUCCAGAUCAGCAGAGCAAAACUGGAGGAUUCUGGGAAUUACACAUGUGUGGUGGAGAACCCGCUGGGAAAGGACAACUCCACUGGCACUGUCAACGUCCAAAGCAUAACCACAACGCCAUCUCCAGGCUCAGGCCACGCCAGAAGAUGCAACGACACAGAGAAGGCCUACUGUGUGAAUGGCGGCGACUGUUACUUCAUACAUGGUAUAAAUCAGCUCUCCUGCAAAUGUCCGGACGGAUACUUCGGCCCACGAUGCUUACAGACUGAGCCGCUGCGGUUGUACAUGCCCAAUCCUUUCAAAAAGCAUCUUGGGAUUGAAUUUAUGGAGGCAGAGGAACUCUACCAGAAAAGAGUCCUGACAAUCACGGGUAUUUGUGUGGCUCUGUUGGUGGUGGGCAUCGUGUGUGUGGUUGCCUACUGUAAAACCAAGAAACAAAGAAAGAAGAUGCACAAUCAUCUGCGACAAAACAUGUGUCCAGAACAUCCCAAUCGUAGCCUUGCUAACGGACCCAAUCACCCAGGCCCAGGCCCAGAGGAAAUCCCUAUGGUAGAUUACAUAUCAAAGAACGUCCCUGCAACUGAACGAGUCAUACGGCCUGCAACAGAGGGAUCGUUCCCUGCCAGCCAUGCCUCUUCCAGAUCUCACAACUCUUCCACACGAGCCCAUUCAUCAACUCACAGACAUGAGGAACGGACAUGGAGCCUGGAACAUUCUGACAGCAUCCUCUCUGACUCGCCGGGAAUGAUGUCAUCAUCCGUGGGGACCAGUAAAUGCAGCAGUCCUGCGUGCAUGGAGGCACGGGCCCGGCGCGCUGCACACUGUGGUUACUCUGACCCCCAUCGGCCGGGCCUGCAGUACGGAGACUCCUUCGACUCGCUGGGAGACUCUCCGCACAGCGACAGAUAUGUGUCAGCCCUGACGACACCAGCCCGCCUCUCGCCAGUGGAUUUCCAUUACUCAUUGCCCUCGCAGGUGCCUACCUUCCAGAUCACAUCCCCCAAUGCCAGCCACGCCAUGUCUCUCCCUCCUGCUGUCCACAACCCGUACCCUCUGGAGGAUGACCAGCCUCUGCUGCGCCGUUACCAGGUGCCCCUACACGAUGCCCAGUGCCAGGAGCCCUACCGGCAGCAGCGUCGUACCUAUCUAAAUGACAGCAGGGGCAGCCUGCCCUCCAGCCCCUACCGGCUGGCUGAGGAAGAAGACUAUGAGACCACCCAGGAGUAUCUCUCCUCUCGGGAGCAACCAAAGAGAAGUGGGUCCAGUGGAACUGGUAGCCGGCGCUGGCGGAGAUCCAGACUGAAUGGCCACGUGGCCCCGCGUGGAUACGAGGCAUCUCGAGACUAUGGGUCUCGAAGCUGCCUAACAGAUAGUGAGUCAGAGGAGGACGGUGAGAGCACGCCCUUCCUCAGUAUGCAGAACAUGAAUGCCGAGCCCUCCACCAUCUACAGGCCGGUGGACAGUCGGACUUCUCACUCAUCGGGGCGGCACAGUGGGCAUGGGAACAUGCAUACAAGACUGACACACUCACGCUCCAAACCGGACAAUACACCCCAUUAAAGAGUGAAAAUGAACCAACAAAAAUCAAUAUAGUAUAGACCUGCAUCUAUAAGAAAUAUUUUUAUUUUAUAUAACUGACAGAUAUUCUAAACAAAUGAAAUAUUUAUUUUCAUUUUAGCAAAAGUUGUCUACUAGUUAACAGCAAAGACUUUUUUAUAGGGAAAACUCUAUUUAUAUGUACAUUUUGAUUUACAGCAUAAAAAGAUGUGCCAGUUUUUUCACAACGUAAAAAAUAGAGUAAUAUUGUGGUGCCUUUUGCUGUAUGCCGAUGCCAGAGGGCCAGUGGAGGUUUUUGUAGCCUUUCUUAUAUGGACGCCUCAUUUUUUAUACACGAUUAUGUUUUUUUUUUCUUCUCUGGUUUUCUGUUUUACUUUCUUUCCAAGUUGCAUUCUUUGAGGAGUCUAACCCCACUGGAACAUAACCCCUUCCAUGUCACGCAAUAUAAACCACUUCAACAUAAAGUGUAUGUUUACAUUAAUAUGAUUCGCCUGUAGGGUUUAUGAUUUGGGAUCUAAUAGAACUUCUGAUAAAUACAGAUACAGAAAUAUAGAUCCUUUUUGCCCUCUGACUAAUGUCUACAGAGAGAGAAAGAGAGUGAGAGACUGUGUGGUUGUGUAUGUGUGUGUGUGUAAAUGACCGUGUGUGAGUGUGUGUGUGUGUGUGUGUGUGUGUGUGUGCGCGCAUGUCAGUUUGCUUGCAUGUAUUUGUGAUUGUUAGAUGAAUUUCAUUGUUUGUUGUGGUGACAUCAAACAUGUGGGUCUUCUGGUGUCACAGCAGAGCUGACAGAAGAGAGUGUGUCAGAGGUUCACAGAAUAGUGCUUUAUCAGAACAGUGACCCCCCCCCCCCCCCCCAGUGUAGGUGGACAGGUAAGGCUGCUGUGUGUUAUGCAGGUCAUUGCUUGAUGUGUUUACAGCUAUUCUGCCCCUUUCCCCAGCCUGCCCCAGUUAAGUCCCCUUUUAUUUCCCCAGCAGGUUUUCCUCAUGUUAGUCUGUUAUGAGGCCAACAAAACACUGAGCCGCUUGGCACAGGGUGACCCCUGCCAUCAGAGGUGAUGGCAAAACAAAAAGAUUGCAUCUGUUUUCACUCAGCUCAGCCCCUAAUCCCAUGCCUCAUCAUCCUUCUGUGUCCAUUCUGUUUUUGUGGCUCGUGUUAAAAGGCCACACAGUGUCUCAGGAUUUCCACAUGCCUCCCCCCAACUCCCUACCCCCUCCACCUUAAACCCUGCUCACCCUCUUCCUCAACUUAAGGUCUACCUAAGACUAAAGUUCUCAGAUAAUGAAGGCCUAAAUGUUAACAUACAGCCUACCAGUUCCCUGAACACUCCCAUACAGAGAGAAGGAAAGUGGAAGCAGCUCGGCAGAGAACAGUGCAGAACACACUCGAUAAUAGAAAUGAAAUAGCUGUGAAACGUUGGAGGAUCAUACAAUGCAAAAAUAUGCAAACUUUCUAUUUUGCUGUUUGAUUACAUCAUUUUCUAAGAGGUGACUGUAGUGUGUUGUGUGUGGGGAAAAAAACGAUGUGAUGCCUAUAGUGUAGAAUGAAAUAACAUGAUAUAAAUGCAUAUUUACAUGAGUUAGUUUUUAAAGCCAUUAUGCAGCCAUCUAUAAAGUUGUCAGCCUUUCUUGUUCACAUACUCAUGUCCAUCGAAUGACUGUGUCCAUGAAUUGUUUUAUCACUUGCUUUAGACCGCUCCACUUUACAUGCACAUUUCCAAGUAACGUCGAAUAGCAUCCAAAUAGUGUCUCCUCCGAUAGUACUGUGUACUGCUUUGUCUCGUUGACAGAUCUAGUCAUUUCAAAUUUACUCCGUGAAUGAUGAUAAUUUUGAAAUAAACAAAAUCAUUUAAGCCCCCCCGUCCUCCACUGAAGGAAAAGUAAAUAUUUCAAAGGUAUUUCAUGAAAUGUCAAACCCAUAUUGACUCAGUGAGAGGGAACAGUUGAUGCUUCAUCACUGUUGGUGUGUUUCUACUCCUCGUUUUAAAAAAAACAAUGUAUGCUGAAUUAUCAAAUGGUCUUAAAAAGAUUGAUCUGCAAUCUAACUGCUAUAUGGUAAAUGCACAGUGGUAUUGUUAUAGAGAAAGGUCUUUGGUCACACCUCACUUGCAGAUAUUUCAUUGAGUUUCUCACCUCUGGGUCUAAUUUUGUAUGUCUAAAAAAUGCAAAAGAAGACAGUGCUCCUCUAGUUUAAAUGUGAUACUCCCUUCACUUUGCCAGUCCUCUCACCAAAAUGAGAUGCUACCAGGCACGACCUGCCAGUCUCUUCUGUUUAAUUUUAUGACCCCACCCCACCCUAACCCCCGACCCCGAACCCCCUCACCUGACCCCACCCUCGCUUGAAAUGUUUGAACACCUCUCCUCUGCAUGUCCUUGUGGUCACGGUUAGAUGGGUGCAUGGUAAAAAAGCAGCAGACAAUUCUUUUCCAGUCAGUGAAAGUGUAUUUCAUUUAACAUUCAGCAAUAAAAAAGAACCUUUCCCUCAUGUCAUUCCUGAAAUAUGCUAGAAAAAAAAAGAAAAAAAUGCGAGAUUGUCAUAGAUUGUAAAAUAAAAUGAAAAAUGAAUCCACCUGUUCAUAUGAGAAAAUAAAUCUUUAUUC